AUGGUUGAUAGCAAAGAAGAUAAGAAUAAAUUUACAAAUUUUCAGGCAAGUCUAGCAUUGAAAGCAGCACUAAAAGAAAACAAAAUCAACUUAGAAAACGAUCCAGCAUACCCCGCUCUUAAAGAAGCUGAGGAAGGUAUAAUGCAAGCUUCUCGUAUAUGCCAAGUUUUAGCAGCAAUAAUACCAACAUGUGCACUUUACAAAUUUCGAUAUAGGCAAAACUUCCCAAUUACUGAAAUCAUAAUGAAGAUUCUUACAAUUUAUGGAGUGAUAGGAGCUGGAUAUUAUAUAAAUCCUUCAAUGACUAAAUAUCAUGAGCUCAUAGCACAGAUUUCUUUAAGGAGAAAAGAUGAGCUUCAAGCAUAUGUAGAGAGCCAUAAAAAUUCAAAAUAA